ACUUGGCAGCCAUUCCUCAGAGUCUGGGUCGGAAGUCCGUCUCUGAAGUGUCGUCACUGUAUCCAUCCAGCUGGCGAGCGGCUGCCUUAUUUCUCCGACACACAGGGGAGACCUCCAGCAUUCUUUAGCCUCUUGGCCGGCCUAGGCAGAUUAAUGAACGCACUGAUCCCUGGAUUCGCUGUCAUUAAAUUCAGUGUCGGUUUCAGCGAGAGGAAGAGGAGGGAAGAUGAGGAGGAGAGGGGAGCAGAAGGAGGACAGCGCCACGCUGAUCACCAUGGACACCAAGUCGGAGGAAAACUAUGGCAGCAUCACCAUGCCUCCAGCACAGCCCCAGGACAGAAAUGUGUUCAGUGACGGAGUGAGUCGAGUCGACUUCGUGUUGGUGUGGGAGGAGCCUCGGUUUCCACAGGAUGAGGAGGAUUCAGAUGAUAGCCAGGACCAGAAGAAGAAGAGGGAGAAGUUUCUAUCCAAAGUGAAAAAGUCUGGGGUUCAUUCAGAGCAGAGGGAAGUCCUUCAGACAAAGACCAGGAUCUGCUAUGUCCUCCUCAGUGCUCCAUGGAGCGUCCUGUGUUACUACGCCGAGGAGAUAAGUCUGAGAGCACCUCUGCAGGUGGUCAAUGCUCCAAUCGUUAACUGGUCUGAACAGGUUUUAUCCCAGCUGGGCCUGAGCAGUCCUCUGUCUCUGGAUGUCCCCAACCCCCCACCAGACUACUACACAUGUCAGUUCAGGACCAACAAGCUGGAGAGGUUUCUGGGCAGCGAGGACCGCGAGAACUUCUUCAAGAUGACUCAGAGACACCAGGUGCUGUAUGAAAUCUUGGCCAGGACUCCAUAUGGUUCAGUGAAAAACGGCGAGGUGGGAAUUGACCGUCUGCUGAGCGAGCAGGUCUUCACCGCUGCAUAUCCGCUCCAUGAGGGGGAUUUCCAGCCACCGACCCCCCCAGUGCCCCCUGAGUCCUUGAGUCUGAGACAGACCCUGUACACGUACUGGGCCAAAUGGGCCUGCUGGAGGCGCUACCAGCCUCUGGAUCACAUCAGGGAGUACUUUGGAGAGAAGAUAGCGCUCUACUUUGCCUGGCUCGGUUUCUACACCGGCUGGUUGGUGCCAGCGUCCGUCGUGGGAACGGUCAUCUUCUUCGUCGGCUUCUGGCUCAUGGCCACUGAUGUUCCAGCGAGGGAGGUGUGUGACAAAGGAAACAACUUUCUCAUGUGUCCUCUCUGUAACAUCUGCUCCUACUGGAACUACUCCAGCAUCUGUGUCACCUAUAAGGCAGGUCUGUUUUUUGAUAAUGGAGGAACAGUGUUUCUCAGCGUCUUCAUGGCGCUGUGGGCUGUCACCUUCCUCGAGUACUGGAAGAGAACGUGCUCAUCCCUGUCUCACCGCUGGGACUGUUCCGAGUUCGAGGACAUUGAGGAACGACCUCGUCCAGAGUUCACAGCCAUGGCACCGAUGACCAUGAGGAACCCGGUGACUGGAGCGGAGGAACCGUACUUUCCUGAGAACAAGCGAUUCAACAGAACUCUGACGGGCUGCAUGGUCAUCCUCAUCAUGAUUAUUGUGGUGCUGAUGUUUCUUAUCGCCAUCAUUCUGUACCGCAGCAUCCUCAGAAUCAUCAUCUACAGGUCCGGCAACAAAUUCGCCAGUUUGUCUGCUGCCAGGAUAGCCAGUAUUUCAGGAUCCGUGCUGAACCUGUUGGUCAUCCUCAUGCUGUCCAGAGUUUACACUUCACUGGCCCACAUCCUCACCCGCUGGGAGAUGCAUCGCACCCAGACUAAAUAUGAAGACAUGUUCAUCCUCAAAGUGUUCAUCUUCCAGUUCGUCAACUUCUACUCAUCUCCAGUGUACAUCGCAUUCUUCAAAGGCAGGUUCAUCGGUUACCCCGGACAUUACAACACGCUGUUCGGAGUCCGCAAUGAAGACUGUGGAGCUGGUGGGUGUCUGAUUGAGCUGGCUCAGGAGCUGCUCGUCAUCAUGGUGGGAAAACAGCUGAUCAACAACGUCCAGGAGUUCAUCUGCCCGAAGGUGAGGUCAUGGUGGCAGAAGAGGAAGAUCAGUCCUCUGCAGAAAGAGGAGAAGAAGGAGGACGGGGAGGAGAUGAAGAGUGAGGUGGAGGUUUCUCCAUGGGAGGCUGACUACCAGCUGCUGGUCUGUGAGGGGCUCUUCAGUGAAUACUUGGAGAUGGUGCUCCAGUUUGGCUUCAUCACCAUCUUUGUGGCAGCGUGUCCUCUCGCUCCACUCUUCGCUCUCAUCAAUAACUGGGUGGAGAUUCGAUUGGACGCUCAGAAGUUUGUGACUGAAUAUCGCCGCCCGGUGGCAGAGAGAGCUCAGGACAUAGGCAUCUGGUUUACCAUCCUGGAGUUCAUCUCACACGUCGCUGUUCUAAGCAAUGCAUUUCUCAUUGCCUUCACCUCGUCCUUUGUUCCUCGCCUGUACUACCGCUACACCAGAGACAGCACAAUGAGCGGCUACAUCAACUUUACAUUGGCAACGUCACCUCAGAACUUCAGCCAGCAUCACAUGGCCUGCAGGUAUCGGGGAUUCAGGGAUGAAAACGGAGAAUACCUCCCUGAGUACUAUCACCUCCUCGCCAUCAGACUCACCUUUGUCAUCGUGUUCGAGCAUGUGGUCUUCUUCGUCGGCCGUCUGAUCGAUCUGAUGGUCCCUGACAUCCCCGAGGAAGUAGAGAUGAAGAUAAAGAGGGAGCACUACAUGGCUAAGGAGGCACUGGCAGAAAACCAGUCUUUGGGGAAGACCGUGAUUCCUGAUGAGAGGGAUGUUCAGUCCAAGGAUCUGAGACAGCGAGUACACAGAGACUCACCGCCACAGAGCGAAUCCCCUCCCCCAAACCUGGAAGGAAUCCCAGAAGAACCCACCACAUCGGGGGGCAGCUAGAAGAGAUCACUGCUGUCCUCUAAGAGCCUCAACACCCACACCUUCUGGACUGAGCCUAUCCAAGAUCAAGGACUACAAUCAACACAGGCCCUGCAAGAACUUGGCAAGACAAACAAGAUCUAGAUCUUCAAGACUACCACUGGACUUAUGGGGACUACAGCACUUCUGAUAGAUACCAGGGGGCUCUGCAAGGCCUCCACCAUAAAUACAAGACCCAUUAACCAAUCCAGCAGCCAAGAUCUCUGCUGCAUUUGUUAGAGAUCUGCAAGGACUCCACUAAACAUCCACGCCCAGCUUACGUUUACUAGAUCUCGUGUUGAGCCCUCCAUGAGGGGUCUGCAAGAGCAACCGCAUGCCAACAAGUUCUACGAGGCUUUCUUACCCCACAAAAAUACUAAUAAUAAAGAUACAUGCAGGACCUCAACAACAACAAGGUCUUCAAGGGACUCUGCCAGGUCUUUAAGAGAUCUUUGAAGAUGUGUUUAAUCUCUACAAAAUCAUUGAAAGAGGCCCAUAAGAUCUUUAUAAUGUCCAUGACUCCUCUUCAACAGCUUUAAGGCUAAAAAUCUCUACCUGAAUCAGACAUGUCUGACAAGACCUUACUUACUUUGGCCUGACACCCCUACUGGGGUAUAGGCCGUCGACAAGGGACCUCCAGAGUACUCGGUCACUGGCAUUCUUCUCUCUCUGUGACCAGGUGUAUCUCAGUCUUUUGGUGUCAGACUGGAGAUCCUGCUGCCAGGUGUUGUUUGGUCGGCCUUUUUUCCUCUUCCCUUGGGGGUUCCAAGUCAGAGCCUGUCUGGAGGUUUCAGACACAAGUUCUCGUAGUGUGCCCAAUCCAUCCCCAUCUUCACCGUCCAAUUUCAUCUGGUGCUGGACCUCACAUUCCAUGUUCCAAUGUUGAUGUUGUUCCUGGCUGAGAGAAGGGUGAUCGGUCUUGAGGCUUCCAGGGGUCCUGGCUUUCACCACAUGAUGUCAUUCCUCUUUGGACUGUAGAACCUUUCUCUCCCAGGACAAAGUUCUCUUUUGGUUUCUGUAUUGGCGUUUCUAUAACUGUUAGAUGUUUUACGGGUGGAGUUGUUAGCCCCACGCCCAACCCCCAACCUGGGGGACCAGGUGCUGCUUUCCGGCUUUUACUCUAGAAACCUGCUCGGCUUGGUUGAACCCUUUGAGGGUAUAAACCCCCUCUGGUAUAGCCUUCAGGGUCACAGAGGAAGGCAAGGUAGCAACACUAGGGGAGUCUGACUAGAUCUACAACUACCUUUGUUUCCCAUCUCCAAAGGAAGACCAAUGGAAGACAAUCAAGAACUCUUUCAGAACUCUGCAAGAUCAGCAAAAGGUCUUCAAGACUCACUAGGCACCAAAACACCUAUAAAGGAUUUACAAUAGUUUCUUCAGACCUUUACAUAUUCUAGAAGAUGUUUGCAUAAUCUUGACAAGUUCUUUAAUACCAAGAUCUCCAAGGAACUCUGCCACCCCUUUGAGAGAUCCACAAAACAGUGAUGUUAAACCUUUACAUGGUGAUGUUCAGGAUGUCUGGAAGUUCUCCUCUAAAGCUGCAAGACCUCUGCAAGAUCAGUAACAGCUCUGACUCCUCUUGUUUCCCACACCUUCAGAUUUUCUUUUGGGCCCUAAUAUGUCUCUCAAGACCUUUAUGAGACAUCUAGAAGAUCAGAUCAACCAUGUAUCUCCUAGAUGUGUGAGAUUAGGCCUGUGAAGGACCUACAAAAGUUGGCUCUCCAAGGAUCACCACAAUGUAUACAACUUGAAGAUUCAAGGAACUCUGCCAGGCCCUUAAGAGAACCUCAGAUUGAUGUUUUUGAUCUCUCAAAAUCACUACAACAGAUCCAUAAGAGCUUCAAAAUGUCUGGGAGUCAUCAACCGAAGCUGCAAGACUUCCACUAGGUUAGCACAAGAUAAGUAGUAUAGCUCCAUAUGGACUCUGGCAAGUAUGAAAGAUCUACAAUUGCCCUUGGUUUUUCCACUUUCAGGCAUUGUACUAGGUCCUUGCAUGUCCCCACAGAACUUUUUAAGAAAUAUGCAAGAUCAACCACAUUUCUAUAGAGUUGGAAUUAGACCAGUUAAGGGCCUACAGACAAUGGAUCUCCAAAGAUCUCAACAAAUUAUAUAAUGCCAAGAUUCAAGGACCUCUGAAGGAACAGAUCCUCAGAUCUGUGCUUAACUUCUGCAAGAUCACUGCAAGAGAUCCAUAAGAUCUUCACGACGUCCGGAGGCUGAGAGGUCUGAAGCCCCCUGCAAGAUUUGUAAAGGUUUUAAAAGUGCAACUCGUCUCGUUUACCAGAUCUCAGCUCUGUGUUGAUCCCAACAGGAACCUUUUGAGAGAAUCACAAUAUGCCUUUAAGAUAUAAAGAACAUUAAUUAGACCGCUACGAGAUCUACAGGGAUUCAUCUAAAUCUACAAGUUCAGGAAAAUGUUGGCAGGGUCUGAACAAGUCCUGAUGAUGAGCUGGCACAAGUGUUUCAAGGUCAAACCUUCACAUGCACUACAAAUGGGAAUCAAGACCCCCUACUCCUGUGGUUCUUCAGAUCUAUGACUUGUAUUGAGUCUGAGCAUUCCCCUUAAAAAAUGAUGUGAAGUCUUUAAGAUCACACAAAUGAAUCUGAGAUCUACAAGGCCUUCACUACACCUGAAUAUUAUCUACCAGACCUGAAAUAUCCAAACUAGCAUUCGCAGGAUUUCCACACGUUCUUCAGCACCAAGAUCUCCAAAAUAUCGUGCUUUAAGUUCCAUUAGGGCUCCACACCUAGUGGGUGUAAUGGCCUUGAUAUUUGUUUGUUCUGGUGAUGGUUUAGAAAGGCGGGGUUAGUGGGAGAUGACAGUGAGCAGACUGUUCGGUGUCAGUAGAAUAUUCUCCAUGGUCUAUCACUUCCCUCACUAAUGGAGGAGGACUUUCCUCUUGUUUUCAUGAGCAGAGGUAGUUUCAGCUGUUCAGUAAAGUAGCGUUACAUUACCUGAUGUUAUUGAUGAUAUUACCACUCCAUGUUACUGGUGGUGUAUUACCCAGGCUGGAAGCGUUAGUUUACACGUUUAGUUUGCACACUUUCUUCACUCUUUGUCAAUUAACAUCAGUUAAUCAUCAGCUGCUUGUCUGUGAAGAUCCUGUUCAAGAGGCGGGUUAAAAAUGCUUUUGGUCACACCAAAUGAAAUCACCAAUCCUGUGGCAGUAUUGAGGUUAGUCAGGAUGUUAUACUGUUCUAAUUCAGCUUACAUUUCUGUGGUAGCCAACACAACGGCACAGCUUAAAAUGGAACUGAACUCAUUUACAAGAAGGGUUAAGAACAGACUUUCCACCAGAACCUGAGAUCAAACUUAGCUUAGUUGGUGCAACAGACUGCUGAUAUGUUUACUAUAUUCUAUGUGAGAGUCAUUGACUUUAUUGAUGGGUGUUUCACAUAUUUCUUUGGUUGGAGUACGAUAAUCGUUGGACAAAAGAUCAGAGGCACAUUAAAUGUUAGUCUGGGUAGCUUUACUUAUUUCAUCUUCUUGUUUUGAUCCAAAAAUUUGAAUCAGAUUGAAUCAGGAACGUUUGAGCUCCAAAGUCCGGUUUGUUUGGCCGUUUAGAGCUCGGCACCAUGCUCAGGAAUGGUACAGACCCUCAGUCCUGUCCUGGAUGGAAGACUUCAGCAUGUUGCAAUUACUCAUGAGCUUCCACCAGCAUGUGGCUGUGUAAUUGAUAUAAUUGUCCCUUUUGAUAAUCUUUUUAACUAUGGCAGAUUUUUGGAGACCGUAUGUGACCAAAACAAGUCAAAAUAAGCCACAAAGUGAGUAAAGUUACCGCCAUGUUGUCUCCAUUGUGCUCACUCUGAGAAACUGUUCAUCUUGUAAACUGUGUGCCAUGUUAUGGCAUGAUGACUUAUCCGUGCUGAGGCCUGGUUUGGUUUGGAGUAAUGUGAGAGUGGGCCAGCAGGGGGACAAGCGUGCUUCAGCAUGGUGCAGAGCAACUGGGCCUUGUGUGGGUGCAUCCUAAGGCUGCUUUCACAUCAUAGACUUGGGCCUGGAUCUCAGUACACUGAGUACUCAAAGUUAAGGUUAUUUGACACAAGGCGGGCCACAGCCUCUUUCUAGAGGUGGUCUUGGGACUGAUUUCUGUGUACCCCAGCACCGUCUGCAUGAAAUGUGAAUGCAGCUAUUCCCAAGAGGAUCAAGAUAAGAUUUUCCUUUUUUAGGCCCCCUGACUGAGAUCUGGCUGCAGACCUCUAUGGUGGGACGUUUUGGGCUCAUCCGCUGCAGACCUCCGCUAUGGGGCAGGAAGUGACGUACAUUACCCAAGCUGGGAGCAGAAUGGCGUCCUGAAUGACCUAUAUUUUCCACUUGCUGUUAGAGGUUACAGUAAGUGACUUUUUUCACAACAUCGGAAUUUUCUGAAUUAAAAUCUGAAAAUAUACUGAGGCAGAUCAAUUUUAAUUGAACACAUCACAAACUAAGAAAACCCCAAAAAGGGCUAGGCUUAGGCAACUGAACCUUAAAGGUAAGGGUUAGGGGGAUGAAACCAAACCACAAACUAAGGAAAAGCCCAUCACUUCCUGCCCAGAGGUCGAGGUCGCCCCACCAUUGAGGUCUGCAGCAGAUGCCUCCCACUAUUCCUGAGUACAGUGCUCUCGUCAGCGAGUACAGCUGUAAAGUCAAACGUAAACAUCUCCUGUCUUCAAAAACCACUGAGUUUCAUCCUCUGAGCUGCACAGUCGGCGUAGGAGAGGGUCUUGGUGUCUUAAAGAUGAUUAAAAACAUCCAUAGUAGCAGGAUGGACUCCACUGUCCACACAGUGGUCGCCAUUAUUGUUUCUUCUUCUUUCUUCUUCUUGGUGAAUUUAAAGCCAAACACAAGCCACGACCUAUUGCACCUGAAUUGAAAAGAGCCUUAGUCCCUAAUGGAUAACGGCUCUUAGACUGAUUUUAGGCAGAUUCAUUAUUUUUAUGGUCUUUUCUGUCCUUAAGGUAAAUCCCAUAGACUAGAGAGGAGAAUAUAGCAUUGACUAUAUUUAUAUAUAUUUUUUAUAGAUUUGUAGUUGUAUUUAUUCCAACAGAGAUGUAGUUAAUAUGUCUUUGAUGGCUAAAAGGUCAAUGUUUUCUGUAGAAGGCUUUAAAUGAGAUGUAAAUAAAUGUCU